AUGGCCGUAACGACGCUUUCUCGACUGUCGCAUUCAUUUUCGGAACAUACAACAAGCCGAGAGAACGAGUAUAAAUAAUGUAGUGUGCGUCUUUCGGUUAAAAGGUCGCUUAAUAAUGUAACGAUUUAUCUGUACGUGCCGGACGUCGAUGUUACUCGCCGUUCGACGACAAAUUGUGCCUUAAGAAUUCGUGACAUUUCGAGUUCGAGUUGAGAGAAAGACAGGGAUUUGUUGUUAUCUUGUGAAUGAGAACAAUAGGGGAGGGACUUCACACAGUUUCGCGGUGUUUGUAAGCAAAAGAAUUGACGGUAGCUAUUUUCCGGGAGAGAAAAAGUAUCAAGUGACGUUUCACGAAAUGUCAGUUUACGUUAUGCCAAGACUGUACGCAUCAGUGUUUUGACUACUACUAUGUGACACGAAUGUCAAACCAGUUUGAGGUUAAAACUUGUUGGCAUUCUAUGUAAACUAUAAAAUAUCUCCAUUUAUCCGAUCUUCGUUGGACAAUAGAGUCAAAUGUGCUAAGAUUAAGACCAGCCUCUAACAUCACCACCCUCAGCAUCCAGAAAAAUGGUAUGAUGAUGCAGACUGUUGAAAAGCAUAGUUCUUUUAUAUUGUGGUGAUAUAUUCUGGUGCUUCGUCUAUACGUUUGAUGUGUGUAUACUAUUUGUGUGUUAUGUUCCACUCUCUCGGUGAAUAGGGAAAGUAGAAUCAUGGCAGAUCGGGAUUAUGAUAUGGGUCCUGCGACAGAAAUGAUGGUAAAUGAUUUUGAUGAUGAACGAACAUUGGAUGAAGAAGAAGCUUUAGAAGGUAGUGAAGAUUCUCACAACGAGUUGUCCAAUUUGCAAAAGGAAGGUGAUAUGCCACUGAAAGAUCUACUUGCUAUGUACGGGUACGGUGAUCCAUCGACGGAGAACUCAAACAGUUCCGAUCACAUGUUGCUGCCGUCUGGAAGCGGUGAUCCUGAGACCGAGGAGCGUUAUUCGGAUAAAGGUGACAACGAUGCGGACGAUGACGACGACGAUGACGAAGCCGAUGCGGCCAGCAACGAGCCGGAUCUCAAGCAAUUCUAUACAGAAAUGCUUGUAAAAGGAAAAGACAAGGCGUCAUCAUUGUCAGGAUCAGCAAUGAAAAGCAAUAGCAGCGGCGUAGUGGGUAACAGGGAUAACAGGAAACGUAGGAUCGAUGACGACGAAGAUGACGAAGACGAAGACGCCGAAACCGAAGAAUGUACUCGAAGUGGAAAUGGAAAAAAAAGAUCGUCUCCCACGAUAGUGGGCGCUAACGCUGUUACGUGCGAUGGUAUAGUUAAUUUAGAUGGAGCCGGUGUUGCCGACAGCACUGUCGAAGAAGGUAACGCUAGUGGUGCGAUUGACGGGCCGGAAGAUAGGAUAGUCAGUGCGGGAAUAGGAAGUGGCAGUUCGAGAUUGUUACGAAGUGUUUCGAGGCCGCAAAGCGAAGAAGAAGAAGACGAUUGUGACUACAGUCCAGAUGAAGAAGACUGGAAGAAGACAAUCAUGGUUGGUACUGACUACCAAGCAGCAAUACCAGAAGGCUUGUGUCGUUACGACGAUGCGUUGCCGUAUGAGAAUGAAGAUAAGAUGUUGUGGGACCCCAGUCAUAUAUCCGAAGAAGAUACGGAAGAAUUCUUGGAACGUGCGCAACUUCCGGUAGUAAAAGGCGGUAUAUUACCGGCUGGAUCUCAUAUUCGAGACGACGAACAGGCAUUGUAUCUUUUACUGCAAUGCGGUUACAAUCUUGAAGAAGCACUGCGUAGACGUCGAAUGAAUGUACUUCCUCCUACAGAUGCUGUAAGUCUCUGGUCGGAAGAGGAAUGUCAUAAUUUUGAAUCUGGAUUGCGCACCUAUGGGAAGGAUUUUCAUCUUAUACAGAAAAAUAAGGUGAGAACGAGAUCUGUUGGAGAGUUAGUGCAAUUUUAUUACUUGUGGAAGAAAACGGAGCGGCACGACAUAUUUACGUACAAAGCUCGAUUAGAAAAGAAAAAGUAUGCUCUUCAUCCUGGUAUCACCAGGGACUAUAUGGAUCGAUUCCUGGAGGAGCAAGAGGGAGUGCGAGAUCGCAGCAGUUCGCCCAACGUCCAUUGUUUGCUGUACGGUGACGCUAAGCGACAAAGAUCCAGCACCAGCGUCAUUAAUAAUGACGAAUCCAAAUCGGCAGAGGCUUGGGAUGGAAACGCGGUCGAUCCAUUAACGGAGAUGAACGGCCCAACACCCGCACCACCACCACCACCUCCACCGCCACCGCCUUCGAUAACGUCGGCCGCAGCUACCAUGUCCUCGUCAAUGUGCAAUUCUAGCGCUUUAACUACACCAACGUACUGUUCACCGUCAACCCGUCAUCCAGACUGUCCUUCGUCCGAAUCAGAUUGUGCGAAUCCACUAGGAUGGAACGACCUAACGUCUCGAAGUCAACCUACCUCCUCCGUCAUCACGACGAUAACGAUCAACACUACCACAGCUACUACGUCUACGACAAUGGUUACAGGCCUCGGCUCAACAAAUACAGUUACUACUAGUUCCAACACCUCUGCCGCCGCUGCCUCCAAUAAUUAUUAUCAUCAGCGAGUGACAUCAUCUAGGAGCAAUGAUUCCCACGAUACACCCUCACCCGAGAACAUUUUACCUCAUUUGCCCCCUUAGCAUCUAAUCCGACCUUCAGGUAUUCAGCCUGAAAGGCGGCGGAUGUCUUUACGCGGUGUGCCUAACUCGGCACUUACAUCAUCGCUAAUGUCUUAACGCAUAAUAAUAUUCAUUAAUAUCAAGGAUUAUAUUUUUAUACGGUAUCGUAAUUAUUAACUGUCCUUAGCACGCGAGUGCGUAAUGUUAAAUAUAGUGAUGCGGAAGAUAAAGAAACGCGCAUUGCGCGAAGAAGAGAAAGAGACUAAAACAUUAUAUAUGUAUAUAUAUAUAUAUAUAAUAUUUUAAUUAUAUAUAUAAAUUAACUGAGCGAAAAAUGAGCGGGGAUUGCUGUAGCUUUCUCUAUUUUCUUCUCUCCGUUUCUGAAUAAAUAUUCCAUGCCGGAAAAAAGGUGUAUCUCGAUUAAAAUUGACGUCGCGAUUGAGACUAUGAUGAUCAGUGAAUCGACAGCAUCAUAUGCACCAUUAUUGUAAUCAAUAUGUAAUUCACAAUUUGUCCAAAGCACGUCUCCGUCUUUGGAUUGGCAAUAAAUUUGUAAAGACGCAAUCUUGUCAGUUCAACGCAAAAUAAAUAAAAAAUAAUAAAUGUUCAAA